GCAGGAGUGACCAGAAUAAAAACAGCAACACCAGACAUAGAGGAGGAAAAAAAGCAAAGUGAUCCAUUGAACCAGAGUCUUUGCCCUCUUUUAAUUACAUCUAGUUCCACAUCUUCUCCCUUUUUCACCUUUUUUUCUCAUCUUUAAGACUACGGGUUAGUGGUAAUUAGCUACAAGAGAAUAAAACCAGCUGAUCGAGAGAGGGGUGGUGCAUUUUGGAGCGAGAUGGCUAACAGAAACAUUCUGUUGCUCUUCUGUGGACUCUUCCUCUUAGCACUGAUUCAGCCCUCUCUUCAAGGAGGUGUGUAUGUACCACCUGGGGCUGGGAUUGGGCCUGGAACUGGAUUAUUUCCAGGGUCUGCUGGAGGCAUCCCUGGAGGCUAUAAACCAGCUAAACCUGCAGUUGGUGGUUAUGGAGGAACUGGUUUGGUGCCUGGAGGCGUUGGGCCUGGUGGCUUGGGAUAUGGAGGACUUGGAGCAGGACAAGGUGGAAAGCCUCCUAAACCAGGUUAUGGCAAUCUAGGAGUCGGUGGAGUCGGUGGUGGUGGUCUUGGAGGUGGCGGUCUUGGAGCUGGAGGUCAUGGAGGAGGUGGUUAUGGUGGUGGGGCUGGGGGAUUUUUCCCAGGAGUUGGACAGAAGGCUGCUAAAAGAGGCGCAGGGGGGCCUCUACUACCAGGAGGAACAGGAACUGUACUUGGGGGAGGAGGAGGACCAGGAGGCGCAGGAACUGGAGCUUCCGUACCCGCUGGAGUUCCUGUUAUUCCUCAGACAGGCCUUCCAGGAGGAGCUGGUGCUGGUGCAGGAAAAAAAGCUUCCAAAGUGCCAGGUGUGGGUGUGCCUGGACUUUAUCAAGGUGGACUGGUUCCAGGACAAGGGUUUGGGGGACGAGGUGUUCUUCCAGGGGUGGCCACUGGUUCAGAAAUGAAUCCCAAAUCAAUUGGAGGAGGGGGACCAGGAGGGGCUGGACCAGGAGGCCGUGGAUUUGGUCUUCCACUGCAGACUGGAGUGUUCCACGGAUACCCCCUUAAAUCACCCAAAGCACCAGGUGCCUAUGGUGCAAAAGCUGCAGCUGGCAAACUUCCUUACGGUUAUGGUGGUUUUGGGGCUGGCGGUCUUGGACUUCCAGGAGGACAGGGUGGUCCUGGGUCAAAGCCUGGAUAUCCUAUCGGAACUGGAGUGGGGCCUGGUGGCAUUUCACCUGCUCAAGCUAAAGCUGCCAAAUAUGGUGUAGGUGGUGUUGGAGGUGUUGGAGGCCUUGGAGGUGUAGGUGGUGUUGGAGGCGUUGGAGGCCUCGGUGGUGUUGGAGGAGUGGGGCCUGGGGGCAUUUCACCUGCUCAGGCUAAAGCUGCCAAAUAUGGAGUAGGUGGUGUCGGAGGUGUUGGUGGAGUUGGAGGCAUUGGUGGGGUUGCAGGCAUUGGCGGUGUUGGAGGCACUGGGGGUCUUGGAGGAGCUGGGUCCAAGGCUGCUAAAUACGGUGGUGUACCUGGUGGGGUACCAGGUGGAGUACCAGGCGGAGUACCUGGUGGAGUACCUGGUGGAGUACCCGGUGGAGUACCUGGUGGAGUGCCAGGUGGAGUACCCGGUGGGCUACCAAUUGGACUACCAGGUGGUGGUGGAUAUUCACCAGCAGCCAAAGCUGCUAAAUAUGGUGUAGGUGGACUUGGUGGUACAGGAGGACUGGGAGGAACAGGAGGACUGGGAGGAGCAGGACUGGGAGGAGCAGGAGGACUGGGAGGAGCAGGACUGGGAGGAGCAGGAGGACUAGCUGCUGCUAAAGCCGCUAAAUAUGGAGCAAGGGGGCAAGUAGGAGCAGGGGGACUCGGUGGAGCAGGACCAGGUGGAGCAGGACUAGGUGGAAUAGGACCAGGUGGAGCAGGACUGGGAGGAGCAGGAGGAUUAGCUGCUGCGAAAGCUGCUAAAUAUGGAGCAACAGGGCAAUUAGGAACAGGAGGACUGGGUGGAGCAGGUUUGGGUGGAGCAGGACUAGGUGGAGUGGGACUGGGAGGAGCAGGAGGACUUGCUGCUGCUAAAGCGGCUAAAUACGGAGCAGGGGGGCAAUUAGGAACAGGGGGAUUUGGUGGAGCAGGACCAGGUGGCGCAGGACUGGGUGGAAUAGGACCAGGUGGAGCGGGACUGGGAGGAGCGGGAGGACUUGCUGCUGCUAAAGCUGCUAAAUACGGAGCAGGGGGGCAAUUAGGAACAGGGGGAUUGGGUGGAGCAGGAUUUGGUGGAGUAGGACCAGGUGGAGCAGGACUAGGAGGAGCAGGAGGACUAGCUGCUGCUAAAGCUGCUAAAUAUGGAGCAACGGGGCAGUUAGGAACAGGAGGACUAGGAGGAGCAGGACUUGGAGGAGCAGGACUGGGUGGAGCAGGACUUGGAGGAACUGGAUUAGCUGCUGCUAAAGCUGCUAAAUACGGAGCAGGUGGACAGUUAGGAGCAGGGGGACUGGGAGGGGCUGUAGGGCUUGGAGGAGCUGGAGGACUGGGUGGUGGAUUUUCAGUUGCUGCUAAAGCUGCUGAAUAUGGUGUAGGUGCAGGUCCAGGUGGUGCUGGGGUCCUUCCAGGUGGUGGUGUAGGGGGAGGAGGCAUUCCUGGAAGAACCCCAUUUUUACCUGGAUAUGGAUCUUUAGCAGCUGGUGCCAAACCUCCAAAAUAUGGUGUAGGUACAGGAGUAGGUGGUGUCCCAGGAGGUGCAGGACAGGUAUUACCUGGCCUUGGUUAUGGAGGUUAUGGAGCUGGUGCUGGAGUUAAACCCCCAAAAUACGGAGGAGCUGGAACAGGAUUAGGACCAGGAGGACUGGGAGGAGUAGGAGUACCUGGUGGAGUAGGAGGGGUAGGGGGGGUACCAGGUGGUGUACCAGGAGGACUGGGUGGACUCGCUGCUGCCAAAGCUGCUAAAUAUGGAGUUGCAGGCGGAGCAGGAACAGGGGUAGGACCAGGAGGACUGGGAGGAGCAGGAGGAGUACCUGGUGGAGUAGGAGGAGUACCAGGUGGUGUACCAGGAGGACUAGGAGGACUUGCUGCUGCAAAAGCUGCUAAAUAUGGAGUUGCAGGAGGAGCAGGCUUAGGAGCAGGACUAGGAGGAGCAGGAAGAGUAGGUGGAGUAGGUGGAGUAGGAGGAGUACCUGGAGGAGCAGGAGUAGGACAGUACUCUGCUGCUGCAAAAGCUGCUAAAUAUGGACUGACAGGAGGAGUCGGAGGAGCAGGAAUAGGACCUGGUGGUGUAGCAGGGGGGUAUCCAGGCGGCGUUAAACCACCAAAAUAUGGAGGGGUCACCGGAGUAGGACCCGCCGUACCAGGAGCCACACCGGGUACAGGUGUCGGUGGUGUUCCAGGUGGUUCUACUGCUGUGGUACCUGAGGGCACAGGGGUUCCUGAUGGAAAACCAGCAACAGAUGGAGGCCCUGCUGGAACUCCUGGUCCAGAGCCAACAGCUAAUGCCACAACUGGCAAGGCUCCAGAGGUCCAGCAGCCCACAGGCGUUGCUGGUGGGAUUGUCCAACCAAGUGCUGGAACAAGUGUUGGUGGAGCAGGAGUUGCAGCCCCCUCUGGUGCUGGUACAACAGGCCAAGGUCAGCCCAGUGCACCUGUAGUCCAACAGCCUGGAGGAGCUGUUGGUACAGGAGUCAAAGCACCUAAACCAGUCAUACCAGGAGCUACUGGAACGGGUGUUGGUCCAGGUGUUGGAACAGGUGGAGGUGUAUAUCCUUACGGAGGGUACUACCCAGUUCCUUAUGGUGGUGGGACAGGAGUUGGGACGGGGGUCGCACCUGGAGCUGUAACGCUACCUGGAGCAAAGCCUUUGAAACCUCCAGGAACUGGAGCUGGAGUUGGAAUCCCACUGUCAUCAGGUUUUCCAGGGGGAUACAGUCCAUAUCAUCAUGGUUAUGGACAAGGUGGGUAUCCGUCUGCAGUUGGACUGGGAGGUGCUGGUGCAGGUGCUGGAGCUAAACCACCCAAACCAGGUUAUGGUAACCUUGGAGGUGGUGGUUAUCCAGCAGGUGUUGUUCCUGGUGUUCCUGGUUAUGGAGGAGGUUACCCCUCACAGUAUUAUCCAGGAGGAUUAAUGCCCAACUGCCGACAGCAAGGUGGAUAUGUACCAGCUCCACUGACUCCUCAACAAGCCAAAGCAGCUAAGUACGGUGCACUGCAGGGUUUCCUUGGUGGAGCAGGAGGAGGGGUCUACAGAGGUGGUGUCGGAGGGGGUGUUGGAGGUGGUGUUGGAGGAUGCCUCGGCAAAUACUGUGGGAGGAGGAAGUAGAGGAUCACUUGAGAUCCCGUGUGACCUCAAGAAACCAUGGUGCUACUGCAUGAUAGAGAAUGUACAUUUUAUAAACAACACCAAGCCCCCAUCAGAAACCUUGUAAAAAUGUUUUUUUAACUGACUUGACUUUAAUGUCUGUUUUAAUGCAAACCCACCGACCCAGAAUUUUGUACACGUUCUGAUGUGACGUAUGUUACUGAUAGUGCCUUAAAUCAUUAAUGUGCUCAAGUUAAUCAGCUUUAAAGCACCAGCCUAUUUUAAAUAUAGAGUAUGUGUUAGUCUGUCACCGUGUGUUGCUUAUUCUUGAUCAUGGGUGUGUUUGUGUUUGUGUUUGUGUUUGUUUGUGUGUGGUGUGUGUGUGAUUCAGGCAUGUGGUUGCCUUCAUGUGACCUAUGAAUGAUCUCCCACCCAGCUUUAAUCCUGAGGUGAUGUGUCGUUAGUGUUAGAGCGCACGUCGCUGUGCAGACCUCAUCACCUCUCUGACAUGUCGUAGUGUUUGGGUUGGUCCCGGACCGUUCCAAAACUGGUGAAAUCUGGCCAAUCUGUGCCUCGUCUCUGGCUCCCUGUCUUCUGUGCUGCUAUUUUUAGGCCUGCUGGGUAUAAAGCAGCGGGAAGCGGGGCUCUGUCCAACCCAUCUGCUCUCUGUAACUUUGCUGAUUCGGGUUGCUAUGCAGUACAGUUCCCUCAGCAUUUUUUAUCUUGCCAACUUGUGAUGUAUGAAGAGCAGCUUGUGCUCUGAGGCAUUUGAUGCUAGAGGGAAUUAAAUAGUUUGAUCUAGUACAGGAUGUUUUAACUCCUGGAGAAGCAGUGUUUCCUUUUUUUUUUUUUUUUUUUUUUUUUCAGAUUCAAGUAUCAUUCAGCUUCUACUCUGCUCUGGCAUGUACAUUGUGUAUGUAUGAAUGUUUAAUUAUCUGUCAAGUCCGCUUCAAGUGUUUAGUCUCAUUUCAGUAGUUAUCCACAUUUAUGUAACUUGUCAUUACAUGGUUAUUCAACAUUUUUUUGCACCAUGCUUUGACUCAUAGCUUUACUGUUAUCAGGAAUGUGUGAACAUAAACAGUGCUUUGCUUUUGCAUAUAUUAACUGUUAAAAAUUGUUAUACAGAAUAAGACUUUGUGUGAUGGUGAGCUUAUGUUUUAUAAGAGGCACAUGCUCCCAUUGUUCUUUAUUUGCUUGAGCUGCUUUCAAAAAGGCUUUACAGACCAAAGGUUCAUGAGCGCUGUUGCCAAGUGACCCCAUCUCUUUCUGUAACUAUGUACUGUAUUUUGUACUAAUUUGAUGUUAGCCGGCUUCAGUCCAUCACUCUGUACUUGGAGCCUCGCUGGGUCAGACUGUGUCUUAUGUGCCGUGGGAUUCUCUUCAUCUUUAUUUAAAACUGUUUUUAUACGGAGGAACAGUGUGGUUUUGCACUUUUUAUAUUUCCACGACACACAUGUGACUUGUUCCUGGAUAUCUGCAUUUUAUUUGCUUCAUUAAAUAACUAAAUAAAAUGUGUUAAAAGAA